AUGCCUACCUUAUCAAUUAAUAGUCACGAUAGCACUGAUUUUGUAAAUUUAGAACAGAUGCAAAGUGCUAUUAUUGCAAAUGCAAUGGAGCUACACUUCUCUUCUGAAGUUAAUUCUAAUAAUAUCUCUAAUGUCUCUGAACAGAUAGUCUCACGUAAUGAGGAAUCUAACACAUCUAAUUCUGAUAUACACCAGGAAUCAAAGACCCCCACAUUUCAUAUUCCCGCAGAAACUACAUCAUUGGAAGAGAAGGAAGAAAAUGAAUUUCUGGAUUUGCGAAAUAAGGAAUGGAAAAAUGAUCAAUCAAAAUCUCAGAAUGCAUGUCCUGACUCGCCUCAAAUUUCUGUCUCACAGAGUAAGGGCACCUUUGCAUCCGAAUCAGGUCAAUUAAAUAUUUCAGAAAUAAAGCCUUCUAGCCUCGAACCUGAAUCAUCUAUUAAUCAAGUACAGAGUGCCAUUUUUUCUGAAAUAGCAGGAGCUAAUACAUUCAUAUCAAAAAUUCCCUAUAAUCAGAAGGUAGAAUAG